AUGCACGCCCAUCACCAUUCACAUCUUCCUGCGCGCCGUCACCAUACGUCCGUCACCAUACACGCCCGUUACCACCGUCCCGUCACCAUACACGCCCGUCACGAUUCAUCUUCCACCCACGCCCGUUAUGCGCCCGUCCUAUCCACGCCGUCACGAUUCACGUCUUUCACUAUGCGCCGUUACCAUACGCCCGUCACCAUGCACGCCCGGCACCAUACGUCGUCACGAUACGUCUCUCCGCCACGCCCUAUUCUGCCGUACCAUGCGCCCGUCACCAUGCACGCCCGUUACCAUACAUCUUCCACCAUGCACGCCCGUUACCUAUACAUCUUCCUAUGCACGCCCGUCACCAUACAUCCGUCACCAUACACGUCCUCACCAUGCGCCGUUACCAUACACAUCUUCCACCAUGCACGCCGUCACCGCACACAUCCGUCUCCACGUCCCGUCACCAUACGCCCGUUACCAUUCAUCUUCCCACAAUGCACGCUCGUCACCAUGCACGCCCUACAAAAUGCGCCGUUACCAUUCACAUCUUCCACCACGCACGCCCGUCUGCCGCCCGUCACCAUGCGUCCCGUCACCGCACGCGUCUGUCGCCAUGCACGCCCGUUACCAUUCAUCUUCCAUCAUGCACGCCCGUCAUUCACCAUUUCAUACACGUCCGUCACCAUACACGCCCGUCACCAUUCACAUAUUCCCACCAUGCAGCCCGUCACCAUACAUGCCCGUCACCAUGCACCCAUCACCAUUCACAUCUCCCAAUGCCGUCUCAUUGACAGCUCCCACCAUGCGCCCGUCACCAUGCACCCGUCACCAUUCACAUCUCCCUACGCCCGUCUGCACGCCCGUCACCAUACGCCUUUACCAUUAUAUCUCCCACCAUUCCGUCACCAUGCACGCCCAUCACCAUUUACGCUCUCCCAUACCGUCACCAUGCACAUCUCUCACCAUGCACGCCCCCGCCACACGCCCGUCACCAUUCAUCUCCCUGCGCACGCCCGUCACCAUGCGCCCGUCAUUCACGCAUCUCCCCUGCACGCCCGUCACCAUGCACGCCCGUCACCAUUCAUCUCCCAGCCAUACCGCCCGCCACCAUGCGCCGUCACCAUUCACAUCUCCCACCAGCACGCCCGUCACCAUGCAC